UUUACGCGCGGCAGCCAGUCGUCGGCGCGCAGCCCGAAGCGUCGGAGCAACGCUGCUACAGCCCACCUUAACGAGCUGAGAUUCAGAAGCAGAGAUAGAGGUGGCAAAGGGAGGUAUAACGGGAGGGGGGGAGAGAAAAGAAAGAGGGAUGAAAGGGGGGAGGAGAGAGAAUCAUUCCGGCUGGACUACCCUGCCGCUUUGGUAGAGAGAGUGGGGGAGGAAUAGGAGGAGGCGGUGAUGGCACAACCCCUCAGCAUCCAAAAACACACGGGGAUGGUGCGCCACCGAGACCGGAGCCCCGCAUCCGUCAGCGGUACCAGCAGCAUCACUGUCAGCGCUCCUCCACCUCGCUUUCUGCGGCACGGAAACAUCUCACUUCAGGUUGGAGAGACUGACUAAGCCCUGAGGAUGCAAGUUGUUUUCAAUCAGUUCUGUUGUUACCAGCUGUGCCCUCACAUUCCCUAGGGUGGCACAACAUAGAUAUCAAUCAGCCCUCACUCUGUCUCUACAUGUGACUCCUCCGUGAGGACCUGAAGAGAGAAAGCCCUCACUGUGUUUCUUCAAUCAAGACCCAUCUUCCAACAUCCAGCUCUGCUUCCUUACUCACCUGCCAUGGUGACAUGACAUACCCCAGAGUGGCUCACACAGACUCUCUCUUGGGUUGUCCUAAAUCUCUAGACACCUGCAAAACUGAAAAAGACAUCUAUUAGUCUGACAGACAGUACUUCCACAGUUCGAGAUGACAGUGGCUGUGAGAUUUCGGCGCCACUUACGUAGACUCCUGCUCCUUCUGGCUUCCUGCUGCCUAAUUUCCCUGCUCCUCUCUGCCUAUUUUCUCUUCUCCAACUCUUCCCCCUCAAUGCAUCUUGGACAAUCUGCUGAGCCUGCCUGCUCACAGCCGCUUUCCAUGUCCCCGUACCGUCAGCUUCCCUACCCGUACCCUCCUAAUCCUCCGCACACGCAUGUCCACACAGAUCCAGUGGUGCUUGUGCUGGUAGAGUCACAGUACUCUCAGUUGGGCCAGGACAUUGUGGCAAUGCUAGAGUCAGCCCAUUUCCAGUUCCGGAUGGAGAUUGCCUCAGGGAAGGGUGACCUUCCGCCACUGACAGAAAAAGGCCGUGGACGGUAUUCACUCAUCAUUUAUGAGAAUCUAUUAAAAUAUGCACAUGCAGAUACGUGGAACAGACAGCUGUUGCAUCAAUAUUGUACUGAGUACAGAGUCGGCAUUAUCGGCUUCUACAGAUCUACAGAGAAUUCUCCCUCAGUCCUCAAACUGCGAGGCCUGCCUCUCGUACUAAGGACCAACCAGGCACUUUGGGACUGCUGCGUGGUGUCCAGCUCACCACUCCUUCACUUGACCAAGCCAGGCACAGAUCGAGGAGCCUUACCUGGGGAGGAUUGGACCUCGUUCUCAUCUAAUCACUCAACAUUUCAGGCUGUGCUGUUAGCACGAACUAAAGAGGGAGCAGGAGCCGGGAGCGGAGACAAUGCAGGACCUGGUUUCAGCCUUGGCCUCCAAGCCACAGUGGUGCAAGACAUGGGACUCUAUGAUGGAGUGAGACGAGUGCUCUUUGGGCAGGGACUAGGCUACUGGCUCCACAGACUCAUCCUGGUGGAUGCCAUCUCCUACCUCACAGACAGAAAGCUCACCUUGGGCCUGGACCGGCAUGUUCUGGUGGAUAUAGAUGAUAUUUUUGUCGGCAAAGAGGGCACGCGAAUGAACGCCAAGGAUGUGAAGGCUUUGUUGGAGACCCAGAAACAGCUUCGGUCCUUUAUUUCCAAUUUUACGUUCAAUCUGGGCUUUUCUGGAAAGUUCUAUCACACAGGCACGUUGGAGGAGGAUGAGGGAGAUGAUCUACUACUAAAGUAUGUAGAUCAGUUUUGGUGGUUCCCUCACAUGUGGAGCCACAUGCAGCCUCAUCUCUUCCACAAUGAAUCCUCACUGUUGGAGCAGAUGGUCCUCAACAAGGAGUUUGCACUGGAGCACAACAUCCCGGUUGACAUGGGGUACGCUGUGGCUCCUCAUCAUUCCGGCGUUUACCCGGUGCACCUGCAGCUUUACGAGGCGUGGAGGCGUGUGUGGAACAUUCGGGUCACGAGCACAGAGGAAUACCCUCACCUCAAACCUGCCCGCUACCGCAAGGGCUUCAUCCACAAAAACAUAAUGGUGCUGCCUCGUCAGACUUGUGGCUUGUUUACUCACACUAUCUACUAUAAGGAGUAUCCUGGUGGACCUAAGGAAUUGGACAAAAGCAUCCAUGGGGGAGAGCUGUUUCUUACUGUGCUACUCAACCCUAUCAGCAUAUUCAUGACCCACCUCUCUAAUUAUGGCAAUGAUCGACUGGGUCUCUACACGUUCGUCCACCUGGCCACCUUCCUUCGCUCUUGGACUAACCUGAAGCUCCACACCCUCCCACCUCUCCAGCUUGCACACAAGUACUUUCAGCUUUUUCCUGAACAAAGGAACCCGCUCUGGCAGAAUCCAUGUGAUGACAAACGACACAAAGACAUCUGGUCUAAAGAGAAAACAUGCGACAGGUUGCCUAAAUUCAUGGUGGUGGGCCCACAGAAAACAGGAACGACAGCACUUUAUCUCUUCCUCCUCAUGCAUCCCUCCAUCUCCAGUAACUUUCCCAGUCCGAAGACAUACGAGGAGGUCCAGUUCUUUAACACCAACAACUACCACAAAGGAAUUGACUGGUACAUGGAGUUUUUCCCAGUGCCCUCCAAUGUUAGCACGGAUUUCAUGUUUGAGAAGAGCGCCAACUACUUUCCCUCAGAGGAGACCCCACGGCGAGCUUCUGCCCUGCUGCCCAAGGCCAAGAUCCUCACGCUGCUCAUCAACCCGUCUGACAGGGCCUACAGCUGGUAUCAGCAUCAAAGAGCUCAUGAGGAUCGAGCAGCCCUGCAGUUCACCUUUUAUGAGGUCAUCAGUGCGAGAAAGGGAGCGCCUGCAGAGCUGCGAUCCCUGCAGAGUCGCUGUCUCAUCCCCGGCUUGUAUGCUACACACCUAGAGAGGUGGCUGAUGUACUAUCCCGCUAACCAGGUGAUGAUCAUUGAUGGCCAUCAGCUUAGAAGCGACCCUGCAGCAGUGAUGGAUGAAGUGCAGAAGUUCCUGGGCGUCACUCCUCACUUUAACUACUCCCAGACUCUUACCUUUGACCCUCAAAAGGGCUUCUGGUGCCAACUACUAGAGGGAGGAAAGACAAAAUGUUUGGGAAAAAGUAAGGGAAGGAAGUACCCCCCCAUGGAACCAGAGGCACGUGCAUAUCUCUCCAGGUAUUACAGGGAGCACAAUGUGGAGUUGUCAAAGCUGCUGCAUCGGCUCGGACAGCCGCUUCCAUCAUGGUUGAGAGAAGAACUGCAGAAGAUAACAUUUCAGUCCAUGAGCCAGCGGUAAAGGUCAAGAUAUGAGCAGUAGAGAAGCGACCAGGAGCUCCUGCCCUUCUUAUGAGUGCUGUCUGAGGCCUUUUGGUGCACGCUGAGGUGAAGCCAAGGACUUGUUUCACCAGGGAGCUGCGGUGCUGCUGGAUGGAGCAGGAGGACUGAUGGGAUGAAGAAUCAUCACAUGGAUGGAUGGAUGGAUGGAUGGAUGGAUGGAUGGAUGGAUGGAUGGAUGGAUGGAUGGAUGGAUGGAUGGAUGGAUGGAUGGAUGGAUGGAUGGAUGGAUGGAUGCAGCUCUAUAGAAACUGGGACUAAAACUAAACGCCAGUUUAUAAUGACAGAUAGAGCUUCAGGACACUUUGAGGAUUAGGCCUGUUCUGAAUGGACUCUCAUGCAAACCUGCAGUUACUUUAACUCUUUCUUUUUUAUUUGAUUUAUUCUUAAGUUAUGUUACCAGAGCAGCGCUGGUCAGCUGUGUGGGAUUCAGAGAUUUCUUUGUACUGAGUUCUAUUCUAUGUUUCCCCUAAGACAAAACAAUAGAAACCUUUUAAUGUUUACUUUCACCUAUUCUUUGUUUUAUUUACAUUUUAAUUGUAUGUUGAAAGAAUAAAAAAAGCCAAGAGGAGUUGGACUCAGGGUGAGUGACAGGCUGUUACUUCUUCCUUUGUAUUGUAAAUCUUCUUUUUAGCAAAACAGGUUUGAAGCAGAUCUGGUGGCAUUGUUUACCCUGCAGUUUGUCACAUGACACUUUUACGUCAAAAGGUUUGGACUGGAAAUAAGUAACUGUAACCAACAGCAUAAUUCACUGCUGUUUCCGUGUAUUAGAGUUUGAUUUCAGUUCUAAGAACUGCAAAGAUAUGACCAAAACUAGUCUGAAUUAUGAGAUAAAAACUUUAAAUUUAGGAUUUUUUUUAUGUUAAUGCAGUAACUCUAAUCGGGAUAUGUUUUACCAGUGUCUCAUUUAGGUCAAAACCCUUUUUCCCUUUUAAAAUGAGUGACCUACAGUAUGUUUAGCCUCAAUUUGAAUGCAAACAAACCUAAAUGUCAAAUACAAAACCAAACUUGAAAUAAAAUGAUGGAUAUGACUGUCA